AUGCUGCAAAGCGACAAGUCGACGAGCAAGCAUUUCGCGUUUGACCCGGUCAAGAUCCACGACCCGCUUGCUCAAGGCAUUGCCGUGGCCAUGUCCCAGCGGCUCUCGUCCUCGGCGCGACGACCUGUCUUUCAACGCAACAUGAAGCUGGUCGGGAUGGUGCUGGAGCUGCCGUCGCUGCUGCUUGCGCCGCUCUCGCUGGCGUUUAAAGCUGCGGGUAUGCACAACGUGGUCGAGGAGUGGCUCGCGCACCUGCCCAUGCACACCGAGAUCAUCAAUUUGGGAAUCGCGGCGGCGUGCGGCGUAUUGAUUUUGUUUCUGCGGUUCCGAAGCGCCUCGUCCCAUUUUUGCGAAGAGCUACUGCAUGAAUACGUCUACCCCAUCACACUGGACGUGCUCUACAUCCCGCUCAUGUUUACGUUCCUGCGUCUCACGACAUGUCCCGACGACGUGCGCUACCGCAUCGCGCUGCCUGGCGGCAUCACCUGCCAAUGCAUCGACUGGUUUGGUCUCUACUCGUCAGUUGGCCUCGUGAGCUUUGUGCUCAUGUAUGCUGGCGCUCUUCGGUUCAAAAUCUACAUUGAGCCGCUGAGCACGUCCAUGGAUUUCGAGUUCCAGAGCGGGUACCAGAUCAUCAUGGUCAUGGCGCGCACGAUCGACCCCCUCGUCGCGAUGCUCGUCAAUAGCUUGGACCUCAAGACGCACGUCAGUCAAGCCGUUAGCAUCCUCCUCGCGUACCUGGCAGUCAUGUUGCUGCUUCUCGUCUACUCGUACAAAACACAGCCGUGCAUUGGCAGUGGACGCGUCCCCAACAACAUCCGCGUGCUGUCCUUUUCGUGCGCGAUAUACGCGACGCUGUGCGGUCUCAUGCACCUUGCGGUGGGCGGGCCGCACAACAACCUGUACUACGCGCUCGCAGCGCUGCCGGGCGUCGGUGGCCUCUCGUGGGUCAUCAACAGUCGUCGAGCGCGGCACUUUCACAUCCCCGACGUCUCCAUCUUGACGUUGCUGCAGUCGCCGGAGCCCCAGCCUUUUACGUGGACGCCGCCAAGUUGCACCCGCUCGACCACGAAGGCAUUUUGA